GUUUUUCUUCUUUCUUUAAUCAGAAAAGAACGUGUGUAAAAGUUUUAUAGUGGAAAUUACAAAAUAAAAAUCAAAAUAACUCCUUUUUUUAAAACAAAGAAAACCUUCUUUUUCAACUUAAAUCAUUAAUUAAUUAAACUUCGUCUGAUUUUAUUUUCGGACUUUUUUUGCACUCAAUCUCAGUGAAGAUUAGUCAAUAAUAAUUUCAACAAAGAAAAACAAAAUCCUAACAUUUCACUUCUAAAAUCAGACCGCUGAAGAAAGUUAAGCUUCAUCAAACACCAAAUACUUCAUAGGUUCUGCAAAGCGAGAUUUUAUGAGAUAUAUCAUGACAAGGAUAUCAUAAAAACUCUGUUUUAAAACUUCCAUUUCUUUUAAUUACAAAUAUUUAUUUUAUUGUGAUAGUAAUAAAUCUAAAUCGAGGUGCAUUAAUAAACAAUUUACAAUUUAAUCUAACAAAAAAAAUGAAUAACUCAACAAGUUUCCUCGAUGACCAAAUUGUGUAUUUAUACACACAAUUGGUAAACUCAUAUAUGCCAGACUUUGUUAAGUCAUUCGAAUAUACACCAUGGGUCUUCUCAUUGCUGGGAUCUGUUGUAAUUGGCUUAGCUGGAAUAUUACCAUUGAUCAUUAUACCAUCACAGGAUGAAUCAAAAGAAAAGAAAGGCGACUACAAAGACCCUGCUGAAUCAAAGUUUCUUAAAGUACUGCUGAGUUUUGCUGUAGGUGGUUUAUUGGGUGAUGUAUUCCUUCACCUACUGCCUGAAGCUUGGGAAAGCGAUACUUCUUCACAAUCUGGUCAUCCAUCAAUGCGUAGUGGCCUCUGGGUGCUCUCGGGUAUCUUAAUCUUCACCAUAGUCGAGAAAAUAUUUUCUGGCUAUGCGAAUGCUGAUGACUCAAAUCCACAACCGAAAUGUGUUGAAAUUGCAAAUUGUUUGCUACGCAAGAACGGUGGUAAAUUUAUAGAAGGACAAACAUCUGGUGAUUGCACAGGAUCGUGUGAUAUCGAAGAUGUGCCAAAUGGAUGUUUUCUUCGUCAGCGAGAGCAGAAAAAUAAAGAACCAACGAAAAAAGUUGCUGGUUAUUUGAAUUUAUUGGCAAAUUCGAUUGAUAAUUUUACUCAUGGCUUGGCUGUGGCUGGAUCGUUUUUGGUUUCGUUUAGACAUGGAGUGCUGGCCACUUUUGCCAUUCUAUUACAUGAAAUUCCUCAUGAGGUAGGAGAUUUUGCUAUUCUGUUGAAAUCAGGCUUUAAUCGGUGGGAUGCUGCAAGAGCUCAAUUAUUGACAGCUGGUGCUGGUUUGAUGGGAGCGUUAGUAGCAAUUGGAGGAUCGGGUGUUACAUCGGCAAUGGAGGCGAGAACGUCUUGGAUCAUGCCAUUCACGGCAGGUGGUUUUCUGCACAUUGCUUUAGUCACAGUAUUACCUGACCUGGUCAAAGAAGAAGAUAUUAAGGAAUCAAUCAAACAAAUUCUUGCCUUGAUUUUUGGCAUUGCGUUAAUGGCAAUGAUGACAAUUCUCUUUGAAUCUUGAACACUCUCAAGUGAUAAUACACCUCUAAACGUUUCGAGAACAAAACAAAAACAAAUAUAUUCAAAAAGUGCGUGAUUCAUCACACUUAAUCCACGCCUGGAAACUCUAAACACACCAAUACUCAUUGCUGUAUGAGGUGACAUGCGUAAAAGUACAAAACAACACAAAAUUAACAUGAAACAUCUUCAAAACUAAAAAAAAAACAAUAUUUUGGAUUCGUAUUGCGCAUCAGUACUUGUCAUUGAAUGAAUAAACAAAACAAAAACAAAAAAAAAA